AGACAAGCUUUUCUCACUACCACUAUGCAGAACCUAGACAUUUAAGCUUCUACACAUCACCUAAAUUGGCCUUUUUCCCCCCAAGGUGAUUGGUCUCUCCUCUCGCUUUUUCCUGAAGGCCAAGGUGGGUUCAUUUUUGUGCGCUUCACCGUGCUUGGUGAAGUAGCGUUUGUCUAGAUCAUCGUUUACUAACUGCUAACACCAAAUCAGAUACGGUGGCUCCGAAGAUGUCUACACAAAAUCGUAGCGCCAGACGAAUACCAUCCCUUCCCCUGACCGAUGCCUCUACUUUAGCUUCAUCCUCUUCUCGGGCACGUCACCACCCCUCAUCUUCAACUCCCACCGGCUCCAUAUCCCCACCUUUGCACAUCGCCCCCUCUUCUACCGGCUCCCACUCAACUCCCUCUUCAUGGGGCCGCAAAACACAAAUGUCCAGGAGGUCUGGAGGGUUUCUGCUUGACGGCGACGGUAUCGGAAGUUUAGAGGGCGGGAGGUAUUCAGAAAAUCCCGCGCGCGAGCGUGGCGAUCGGGAGAGAGAUGCCGGAUACGAAAGAGAGAGCAGCAAUUACCCGGAACCGAGCACGGCUCGGAUCGAACGGGAGGCAGAAGAGCGGGACACGGUAGAUUUAUCGGAGUUUCCAAUCCACGGCUCGGAUGCCGACCCGGCAAAAAUUAUCUCCCUCGCUCUGGGACUGAGCGAGACGAGACGAAGAGGCGCAAAGUUACGGAGCGUAUCUAGCAGUAGGCGUUUGCCCGACAUCCUAGAUGAGAGGGAGGCUAGUCACGACGUUUGGAACGGGCGGGGAUUGGGACCAACUUCUCCGGCUGAAAGGUAUGUGGAUUUUGCGAAUGUUGGGGGAAGAGCUCGUGCAGCUUCACCUACAAACCUACUUGUUACCAAUGCUGAUGGGCAAUCCGUUUCUGCUGGCACGCUCAGCGCCCUUGGGCGUCACUUGCCUCCGCUAAAUCCUCCGAUAGCAUCUCCCCCGCCGCCGGCGGGCGGGACUACUGGCAAGCAAAAUUUCUCGCCAGUUUCACCUCUACCCUUGCCGCCACCCAUAGCUCCAUAUCAGCAAUUGCAAUCAAAGCGUAGUGCUCUGGCUCAGCAUCAACAGCAGCUGAGGGAAUUCAGAGAACAAUACCAACCCACCGAAGCUACGCUUCAGAGAGCCCUCAAGGCAAAACAGCAGCUAGAGCUUUCGUCAUUAUAUAAGAGGCUUCUCACGAUUUAUCCAACGCAAGACCUACUUUCGGGCAGCUCUGCUCAUGGUACACCAAACAAAGGAGAUAUCGCUGGACCUUAUUCCCGUGAGAGAACUUUUAAUCCGUUGAUGGCAAUUAGGAACAAGAGAUUCAGAAACCGUGAGAGAAUCAAACUGGAGUUGUCGUCAUGGGACGAUCCGGGCGCCGUCGGGCAGUGGAUCGAGGACCUUGCAGUAGCCGUUCAUGACUCGGAAGGUGGUAAAACCGGUUUCCCUGGGCUUCCUCCUCCUCCGCACCCUAGCGGCAGAACGGAAGAAAAGAAAAGGCCACGGAUGGACUGGGUUAUUAGCCCUCAAGAGCUGCUGGCGGACUUUUAUUGGAUGGAGGAAUCGGAGAGGCUUCGCAUGGAGCAAACCCAGCGGGCAGGUGGCAAGAUCGAAGAAAAGAAGCAAGAAAGGCAGAGAGAAACCCAUUUGAGUUUGAAGAGUUUGAUUGAUAGGGAGGAGAGAAGAGCAAGAAGCCCUUCUCAAGUCAGAAAGAGGAGCAUCCGUGAUCUGGGUGAUCCCGAGAGCGGCGAUGAUAUUACAAGAAGGGAUACAGGUGAUAGCUCGAAGAAGUGGUCGAAACCCGGUUUUAUGGAGCGAGGACCAUUACAACCUAGUACACAGCCAGAAAACGACGUGGGGUACCACAGCGCGUGUACAUCCCAAGGAGACAGUAGUCACAGCGGUGAGAGUGAGGGUACCUAUGAUGACGAAAUGUCCGGGGUAGAGGUUGAUAGUGAUAUUGAUCAAAAAGCAAAGAAAAAGCAUAGUAAACGAAAAAAGCUAGGAAAGAUUAUUACGAGCACUAAGCCCGGCAGGAGAAAAAAGACGAAAAAGAAGAGGAUCGGUGACACCCACAUUCUAAGCCCAGAGGAGAAGCGGAGGCGGCAAGAGCAAGAGGAGA